AGCCAGGAGAGGAUAAAGAAAAUAAGAAUUUAAGAAAAAUGCUUUAAUUUUAAUAAAUGUUUUUGCACUGAGCUUAUGCUUGCCAAAAUAUACAUUAUCUCUGUAAAACAGUAAAUCUGCAUUAAAAUCGCACCGCCUGGAAACUGUAUUCCUAAAUACAUAAAACCGAACCCAGCGCACAUUUUUCAGGUCUUUUGAAAACACCCGAUUUUCUUGUUCCUUAUGCAACUGUAAGUACUGGGAGAGGAUUUCCAGCUGUGCCUUGUCAGCCUACGGACCGAGCACAUUGUGCUGCUUUUCAUUUCGCUUAACCGAGGCUUUGAGUUCCCCGAGUAACAGUACUAGCCGAUUCUCCGCACACAGAACAGAACAGCGCGUUGUCCCCAGGGAAAGAAGCUGUUUCAGAUUUAACUAAGGAAUCAUCUAACAUGUUUCAACAACCCCUACCGUUUCUCUGUUUGUUUUAAAGAUAUCAGUGUGAUUUUAUUGCAUUUGCAACUGGAGACUAAAUGACACCAAGCAGAUUCUGCUGUUAGGUUAGAUUACAAGGACACAUUCCAAGCCAUACAAAAACAUGCAGGCUUCAUCACUCGUCUAUUAUUUCCUGCUUGUUUCUCUGUGUAUUGAUUUUUCUCAGAAUGAAACAAGUGCAGCCCUUCGGAGGCAAAGGAGAAGAAUGCGACACAGAGGGCUGAGGAGGAGCUCCUACGCAGGGCGCAGGUACCUCAGGCAGCCAAGGACAAAGCUUCCAGCUCCUGCAGCACCCAGCAUACCCCUCAUUAACAUCGAUGAUGGUGUUAUGGGAGUGUUUGACUCUCUCAUAGGUUUGGGCGGACAGGAAUCUAGUUACAGUGUUUUACCAGGCAAGAAGGGGCAGUGCACAGCUAACGGGAUGAUAAUGUUUGACAAAGCUGUCUGGUCUCCCAAGCCUUGCAUUACGUGUCUCUGUUCAAAAGGAGAAGUGAUCUGUGAUACAACCAUGUGCCACCCCCUGAAAUGCCCCCAGACUAUCAUACCUGCAGGGGAAUGCUGCCCAGUUUGUUCUGAUACUGCCUCCUCACUGGAUUCAAAUAUUGUUUCACUGGAUGACAUAACUGAAUUGUCUGGUGAUUCGCCAGAACCCAACGACCUUGACAACCCCAAUGUGCUGUCAUCAGCACGUACUCAAAUGGAGGAAGAUGAACUGCUUAGAACAGAAGUGGUAGAGAUUAAAGAGAAAGAGGUUCAUAAGAAGGAUGGAAAGAGGAGAAAGAAGAAAGGUAAAAAAAAUCAACAGAAGUAUAAAGCCUAUCAGAAAGAAAAGGAGCAUGACGGAAGGAAGGAUGAAGAAAGAAGGAGAUUAUUUGAAGAGGAAGAGCUGCAACUUGAAAAAGAAGAAAUAAAGAAAAGGCAAGAAGUAAGAACAAGAGAGAGAGAAGCAGAGGAACAGUAUGAAAGUGAUGAAGAUGAUGGUACUUUCCCCAUUCCUGUUCCACCAAUAGAAGCUCCUCCUUUGCCAGCUGCAUGUUCCACCUCAGAAUCCACAGUAAGCUGUAUUAACGCCAAGCUUACACAAAUACCAGCUAUCUCAGAUCCUGAUCUAACAAGUCUAGACCUUACAGGAAACAUUAUUACCACUAUCUCCAGUGAAGCAUUCAAUGGGAUACCUAAUUUGGAAUGGAUUGAUUUAAGUAAAAAUAAUAUUUCCUCUUCUGGCAUAGGUCCGCAUGCAUUCAAAACCCUGAAAAAGCUCAAGCGUUUGUAUUUGGAUGGAAACAUGCUGGUACACAUUCCCUCUGAACUGCCAUCAACUUUGGAAGAAAUAAAAAUAAAUGACAACCAGCUCCAUGCCAUUGACGAAGAUGCCUUGCAAGGUUUAAAGAACCUGGUCACCUUGGAAUUGGAAGGAAAUAAACUCAGUGAAGCAAACGUCAGUCCUCUGGCCUUCUACCCCUUGAAAAGUCUCUCUUACUUGCGACUGGGAAGAAAUAAGUUUAGAAUUAUCCCCCAAGGUCUUCCCACAACACUUGAGGAACUAUACCUUGAAAACAAUCAAAUUGAAGAAGUGUCAGAAAUCUGCUUUAACCAUACAAGAAAAAUAAAUGUCAUUGUGCUAAAGCAUAACAAAUUAGAAGAACACAGAAUAGCACCUUUGGCUUGGAUAAACCAAGAGAACUUGGAAUCAAUUGAUCUCUCAUACAAUAAGCUGUAUCACGUUCCCUCCUACCUGCCAAAAUCUUUACUCCACCUGAUACUUAUAGGAAAUCAGAUCGAAAGGAUUCCAGGAUAUGUCUUUGGUCACAUGAAGCCAGGUUUGGAGUAUCUCUACCUGUCCUUCAACAAACUUACUGAUGACGGAAUAGAUCCGGUAUCAUUUUUUGGAGCAUACCACUCCCUGAGAGAGUUGUUUUUGGAUCACAAUGAUUUAAAAUCUGUACCAUUUGGAAUUGAAGAAAUGAGAAAAUUACGUUUUCUAAGACUAAACAACAAUAAAAUAAGGACGGUCCCUCCAGAACGCAUCUGCAGGACUCAUCUCCUCGAUGAUGAUGUUCAUUACAACAGUGAAGAGGAUGAGAAUGAAGACUCACGUUUGGAACACGUUCAUCUUGAAAAUAACUACAUCAACACAAGACAGCUAUCACCACAUUCGUUUUCAUGCAUAAGAUCCUAUUGCAGUGUUGUCCUUAAACCACAGAAGACCAAAUAAAUACCCAGCUUUUGCAUUGCAAAACAUCUUUCUAGAAGAACAGGUUUAUUUAUUCUCUGCUACUAACAGGUCUGCUUAUUUCUAUCUAACCCUUCUUACUACUAUAAAUAAGAUAGAAGACAUUAUUUACUGAAGUAGGGUAGUGUUUUCUUAAUAUUGUUAUUGUUAUUUCUUAAUAUUGUUUCAUUAUGCAAACAUUAAAUGUAAAAAUAGAAGCUCAAACCUGUCAUAGAUUUUUGUUUCUAUUGACAAAACUUUUAUAACUUAAAUACAAUAGACAAAACUGUGACUUCAGACACAUCUCCACAACAUCAAAUUUCAGAAGAGAAUAGAGCUAAACAGCAAGUUUGGUCCAGUCUAAUCUGAUCAAUUGAAUUUAAAAAUUUUUAAAUGGUAUCAUUGAUUUAAAUGAAAGACCUUGAACUACGAACAUUCAAGAGUGCAAGAAUCAAAUUUCUUACAACAUACAUGGUACAAGAGAAAAUUUCUUACCCAAUUUCCACCUGAAAUUUCAAGGAGAAAAUACUUAAUUCUUUUUAAAACAUGUGACACUGAAAACUUCCAGUCUUCAAACACAGAGUUUUACAAUUUAGGGCAGUUAACUUCUGCCUGGAGUCAUUCUUAUUUUUAUUUUUCCAAACAACAUCUAUUUUUUUUCUUCUUUAUGAAAAAUAAAGAAAAAAAGAGUGGUUGGUCCCAUUCACUUGUACAAUCCUUAGUUGGCUCAGAUUUUUAUACUGUCCAGACCAUGUUGUCUAUUUUGAUGACAGAAUAGAUAUUCUUGAAACUUUCAAAAAUCCAGAUAGUUGUUAAUUGAAAUCUUACAGAUAAUCUUAAAUCACCCCUGUAGAGACAACAUUGAUAAAGCCAUUUCACUCUUAUAUUUGAUAUUAAUGUCUACUUAGGUAUACAAGUAAGUACUUACAGCUAGAUGUUUCCCUAGAAAAGGGUUCAUUCUCUCAAAGAAUUAAAAACAACAACAAAAAAUUAAUAUUCUGCUCCAAUUUUAAUAUUACAUUCUUCUUCUAGUCUGAAUUUUUGAUAGAAAAUAGUUAAUAUUUUUCUUUUAAAGAAUAUAUUUCAUAAAAUUUGAAAGUAGUUCUAACAGCUUCCAGAUUCAUUAAAUUCUACAGUAUUUUCUUGAAAGAGUAGGCUGGUGACAAUAAAUGUUAGCGAUGACUGACAGGUCAUUCUUUUUCAUGCCAUUACUUUCCACUUUCUCUUGGACUAUUCUGUAAGAAACAACAAAAUUUACUCUUUUUUCUCCAGCACUAUAGGUUUGCUGCCUAAUUAUAUCUUCUCCGGAAUGGAUGGGAACAAAGGAUGAAAUGGCUUAAUGUUGACAUUUUGACAUUUUGGACAUUUUAAAAGGCACAUAAGAGCUGUAAGCAACUGCAUAUGAUAACAACCCUCUGGGGAGACAUACCAACUACUGAACUGUAAUUUUUUCCUCACUCUGAAAAUCGUUUCAUGAUGCACUUCCCAAACAUCUCAAUCUACUGCCAGCAAACACGCUGUGUAAUCAGCACAAAUACAUUGUUCGUGACCAUUUAAACAGCAAAGGUGGUUGCCCUCAAAACACACACAUUUCAGCACAUUAUAGGUAAUAUACAGAAACACCUGAAUUCUGUUUUCUCUGAAGCUACACAAGAAUAAUAAAAACAAAAUCGCAUUGUUCUAAGUCAAAAUUCUCUCAUUCAAAUAAACGAUUACCUGCAAGGCACAAUGUGACUUCAUUGUGCAGGGAGUCCAAAUAUAAUCUCCUUUGUAAGAAACAUUCCUACGGUACAUGGACUUUUGUAAAAUGAUUGCUUUGGAUAUUUUGUUUGGUAGAGUAUGUUCAGAAGUCAUAUUGUAGUGAUUUCUAUCUCCAGUGUGUGCUUUUUCACUUUUAAGAUAUCAUAAAAGUGAAUUUUAUGCAAA